CUCGAGUACGUCAAGCUCGCGCGCACCAAAGGCGCGAGAAUGCUGCGAGCCGUCGAGACCAAGAAGCGCACCUACCUUGCCGUGCUCUCGGGCGACGAGGCCGAGCGCAUCGAGCUCUUCACGGGCUCUCGCAGCAUCUCUCUCUCGCUCAACCGCACGUUCGUCCUCCCCGAGACGCCUCGGUCCAUCGAGUUCCAGCUCCAGGGCGACGACCUCGUGGACAUCUACCUCGUCUACGCCGAGUCGAUCUUCGCCCUCGAGCCGUCGACGGUGCGUGUGCGCGAGGUCGGCGUCGGGCGAGGCGAGCGCCGG